AUGAAGAAGAACGGAGCCAGCGACCAAGCUAUCUCCUCAAGGAACGUCAGUUCCGGUAUCAGAGGCAGUGGACGACGGACUUCCGUCCCAGCCUCGGCGGCACCGCCUGUAAACCCUAGCACUGCCGCUCCACCUCCCCCACUUCCAACAGUAGAUCUGCGGUUGUCGGAGCAAUUGGAGAGGCACCUAGACAGCCUACCGAUAGGGACAGACGCCGCGACGGCUUUCGCCCUCCUCAAAGCAAAUCUGGUGUUCCCCAGAUCUCAAAACCCAGUUCCUACUCCCGAAGCCCAAAUCCCAACUUCUCAUCCCAAAACACAAAGUCCGCCUCCCUCUCCUAAAUCCCACAAGCCCAUAUCUAACCCAAUGGAUUUAGUGGACAACUACAGUGGAGAUAUUGUACCGGCAGAAGACCUUGAUGCUAUGGAAAAGGGGGAGGACGUUGAGCAGCCUAUUGUUCACCCCGCCGAUGGCAUACCUACCUCGAGGCUGGAGGGGGCAAACGUCGAGAUGCCAGUCGAGGAGACUGGUCGAGCUAGCCCUAGAGAAGAAGACGGCGCCCAUGCCUUUAAUAUCCCAUCACCAUCGAGUGGCGGAGGCUCUAACUCCAACCAGACCCAAGAGCCAGAGCCGAUUGAAGCGGUGGAUAUUGACAACGACAUGGAGAUCCGACAACCCCUCCCCAGCGACAUCUUGCUUCAGAGCAGGGGCAGACUUGAACUUCCUGAGGAUGUUAGAUGA